UAGCAGUAACUGAUACGUUAGUGUUGAUAAGUUCCUACAGUAAUUAUUGUAAACAGUGUGGAAUUAUUUUCAACAAAAAAAAACAGUUCAACAGUCGACUACUUUUGCUGAAAAAGUAACGAAUUUUGCACGCAACAUUUUCAUUGCAUGUGGAAAGGUCUUACUUAUUUAAAAAGCCUGAUUGCGGCUAGCAAUUUUAAACGUUAUAACAUAUAUUUUUUCUUUGGUGUUUUUUAUGCAUCUGGAAUAUAGCGUCUUUCCGCUUUAGCACAUCGUGUACUCAUUGCACUAAGUGUAAAAAGUUGUAUAAAUAAAAUAAAUAUAUUUGAAGACCGCGUCUCAAUUGGCAAUUAGAAAUGCCCUGCCUGCUGUACCUUAUUUUUGUUAUAAUAACUGUUGCGUUUGUGACAACGCUUAUCGCGCUCGCUGUGCCGGUAUGGCAGGACUCGAGCGUGCAAACUGUGAUGUCUUCUGUUACUGUGAAGACUUACACAUACAGUGGGUUAUGGAGUGUGUGCACGAGAACAGAGAUAGUGGGUAUGGACACCCUAUCCUGUGAUACAUACCUUGAGGAUGCCAUUGACUAUCCCGGAAGUGUAAAAGGCGUGCAAGCGAUGAUGAUUAUAGGAGGGGCCCUAAGUGCGGCCGCCUUUGUUGCCAUUAUACUCAAGUGGUGUUGCUUUAAAACAAGUGAUAUUCUCGGGAAGAUAGUGUCAAUACUUUGCAUUGGAGCGGCUGUGUUUCUGCUAAUCGGAGCUAUUGUCUGGUCAACAAAGGUCAAGAAAGAUCAGGGUUUUGAUGCGAAAGACCUCAAUGCUGGUUUCGCGUUGACAAUAAUCGCAGCAGCUUUACUUCUCGUAGCAGGAGUAGUCGUCUGCUUUCUGGAAUCUUAGAAAACAAAAGAAAAUGUGAUAUAAAUCAUUCAAUGUACAUAAAGUUAAGCAAAGUUUCAUGAAAGGAUUGAAUUUUACUUUACCUGUUUCAUGUUUUCUGAAUAUACUUC